ACAGAACCCUCCGUGUCCAUUUGUGGAUGUCCAGCAGGUGUCGCUGCCCGCAGGCUUGCAAAGCCACGCAGCAGCAGCGACAGAGUGCGUGUCUGCCUGUCACCCAGGGGCCCCGUGUCAACAGCAGAGGGAAGAAGAAGGCAGACGCAUAGAGGAGGAAAUCAGAAAAAUAACGGCGCUGCAGAAAUGGACCUGCGCUCUGAGCUACUCAAGUCCAUAUGGUACGGUUUCACUGCCCUGGAUCUAGAGAAGAGUGGGAAGGUGUCCAAGUCUCAGCUGAAGGUUCUGUCUCACAACCUUUGCACAGUCCUGAGCAUCCCACAUGACCCCGUGGCUUUGGAGGAGCACUUCAGGGAUGACGACGACGGCCCAGUUUCCAGUCAGGGUUACAUGCCUUAUCUCAACAAAUACAUCCUCGAUAAGGUCGUGGAAGGCUCCUUUAAUAAGGAAAACGUGGAUGAGCUUUGUUGGACUCUUACGGCGAAGAAGAACUACCAGCCAGACAGAAGCAGCAUCUCGGUCCUGCCGGACCGAGAUGCUUUUCGGCUGUGGUGCCUUUUUAACUUUCUCUCCGAAGACAAAUACCCGUUGGUUAUGGUACCAGAUGAGGUGGAGUACCUCCUGAAGAAGAUAUGCAUGGCGAUGAGCAUCGAGUUCAACUGCGUCGAGCUCGACGACUUCUUCUCUCAGGACUCGGGGCACCAGAAUGGCAUCACCGUCUGGGUUUUUCUCCAGAUGAUGAACUCUGGGAAAAUGACCCGAGCCAUCGAUAAGAGCAUCAUCAGCAUGGCGAUAGAGGAGGUGUACAGGGAGAUAGUCGGCGACGUUCUCAAAGAGGGUUAUCUGUGGAAGAAAGGGCAGCUGAGGAGAAACUGGAAGGAACGCUGGUUCACUUUGAGGCCCAGCAACCUGUCGUACUACACCGGAGAGGACCGCAAGGACUGCCAAGGGAAUAUAGUCCUGGACGGGAACUGCUGCGUGGAGGUGCUGCCUGACCGAGACGGGAAGAGGUGCAUGUUUUGCUUGAAGACCUUGUCCAAAACCUAUGAAAUGAGUGCUUCGGACACCAAACAAAGACAGGAGUGGACGGCAGCCAUUCAAACGGCCAUCAGGCUGCACGUGGAGGGCAAAACGUCUCUGCAUAAAGACCUGAAGCUGAAGAGGCGAGAGCAGCGCGAGCAGCGGGAGAAACGACGACAGGCCAAAGAGGAGGAGCUGCAGAGGCUUCGGGCCCUGCAGGAGGAAAGGGAGCGCAAGCUGGCGGAGCUGGAGCUCCUGAAGGAGGCGCAGAAGCAGGCGCAGGUCCUGAUGGACCAGGACGAGCAGAGGAGACGCCAGCAGCACGAGCAGCUCCAGCGGACUCUGGAGAUUCAGCUCCGCGAGGCGGAGGAGGCCAGAGUUAGCAUGCAGGCAGAGAUGGCUCUGAAGGAGGAGGAAGCAGAGCGGCAGAGGAAGAGGAUCCAGGAGCUGGAGGAGAUGCAGAAGCGUCUGGAGGAGGCGCUGCAGCAGGAGAUUAAGGCCAGGCUGGAUGAGGAGGGCUUCCGUUACGCUCAGGCGAGGUUACUGGCUGAGGAGGAGGAGAAGAUGAAGGCCCUGAUGGCCCUGCAGGAGGAGCAGGAGGAGUACAUCCUGAAAACGCAGAGAGAAAAACAGGAGCUAAAGCAGGAAAUGGAAGUCAAGUCUCGGGCCCUGGAUGAGGCACAGAGGCAGCUGGAGGAGGUCCGAGCCAACAGACACAGGGUUGACCAGGACGUAGUAGCUGCUCAGAGGAAACUUCGCCAGGCGAGCACCAACGUCAAACACUGGAACGUCCAGAUGAACCGACUGAUGCGGCCGAUCGGACCAGGCGAGAAAAGGCCGUCUCUGGGCAGCUCUUUCCAGUCGUUCCAGAUCCCGACACAGCGGGACCCCGGGUUGCGCCUCAGAAGGAAAUCUGGAUCGGAGGAUCAGAGCGAGGAGAGCAAAGAGAACGUGGACAACAGAAGCGGGUGCGACUUGGAGAAGCGGCACUCGCACGCCUCCAACGGAGACAUGGACAUCCCCUAAAAGCAUGAAUCAUAAGAGCCUGCUCUUUUGAUUGCAUUUUCUAACAGGAAGCUCAGUGAGACAAGUGUGAAAGGCUGCAGGACUUCUGCACUUAAAACUGAAUUUUCAUUACUACUGUUUGUAUUGCAAGAUGAAUUUACUGACCUGAAAUCCAAAACAGUAACCGUUUGAGACAUUUCACAGAAGAUUGCUCAACUAAUACUCCUACCACUUCUUGUGUGAGGCCUGAUGAGAACAGAGAAGAUACCUUGGUGCAAGUAAAAGGGCCUCAAAGUUAACAAAAAAAAAAAGGAUCCAGGCUGAUGUGUUAGCAAUGACGAUUACAGACCGGACUUAAAGGAAGUUCAUCCUUACGUAAAUGAAGAAAGCUAUCCCUCUGUCAUUUUUACAUAUGUAAUUUCCUGAUUUGUUUUUUGGAUUGUGAAUUUUUGAUCUGUACAAAUCUGUUUCAGUAUUAGUUAAUGGCGUCAUUUCACUCCUGACAAACAGGAAAUAGAGAGGCAGAGUUAGAAAGAGAGGGGAGGGGAGACAACUUCCUGUUUCUAAUGUCACCUAACAUGACUGUAAAUAAAAAAAAGUGAAUCAA